AUAAAUAUCUCAUUAUCCCAUUACAUUCAAUGAUGCCAACCACAAACCAACACCAAGUAUUCGACCGACCACCUCCUGGAGUACGAAAAAUAGUACUUGCUACAAACAUCGCAGAAACAAGUAUCACCAUUGAUGAUGUUGUCUUCGUGGUGGACUGCGGGAAGGCAAAAGAAAAGUCUUACGAUGCAACACGGAAGAUUUCUUCUCUUAUGCCAGCAUGGAUUAGCAAAGCAUCGUCUAAGCAACGACGUGGUCGAGCAGGAAGAGUUCAGAAAGGCUUCUGCUUCCAUCUGUUCACCGAGUUGCAAGCCAAAAAACUGAUCGAUUUUCAACUUCCUGAGAUGUUGAGGACACCACUCGAGGAAAUAGCUCUUCAAAUCAAGAUUCUUAAACUAGGAAUGGUGGCAGAAUUUCUAUCCAAAGCUCUUCAGCCACCCUCUUCCCUUUCCGUCCAAAAUGCACUUGACACCUUAAGACAAUUGAAUGCAUUGGAUGCUAACGAGGAUCUUACACCGCUUGGCUAUCACCUCGCUACAUUACCUGUAGAUCCUCGCAUUGGUAAAAUGAUCUUGUUUGGCGCCAUCUUCUCGUGUCUUGAUCCAGUUUUAACCAUUGCUUCAACACUUGGCUUUAAGGAUCCGUUUGUUUACCCUUUGGAAAAAAAGGAUCAAGCUGACAAAGUUCGGAUGAAGUUUGGCAAGAAUACCAAAAGCGACCAUUUGGCGAUACUUUUUGCUUAUAAGGGAUGGGAAGCAGCCAGGGAGCAUGAUAACGAAUGCUCGUUUUGUUGGGAUAAUUUUCUCUCAAAACAAACGCUCAAGAUGUUGAGUGACAUGAAGGAACAGUUUUCUCGUCUGUUGUGUGACAUUGGUUUCCUUGACAACCCAGACCCCAAAGAUCCAGCAUCGAAUCACAACGAAGAUAAUCUAAAGCUCGUCAAAGCUGUACUUUGUGCUGGUUUGUAUCCAAAUGUUGUUAAAAUUCUUCACCAUGACAAGCUAAAACGUCCACCUAGGCUGUACACUCAGGGAGAUGGUAAAGUCGCCAUGCACCCAAAGUCAGUCAACGUUGAAACUGUUGCCUACGAGAAUAACUGGUUAAUUUACCAUCAAAAGGUCAAGUCAACAAAGAUCUUCAUCCAUGACGCCACAAUGAUAGCUGCUUAUCCACUGCUGUUCUUUGGUGGCGAUGUUACAGUUCUUGUUGAAGAAGGACAUGAAAUUGUUGCAGUUGAUGACUUUAUUCGCUUUCGUUCUCCCAAAAAAAUUGCUGUACUUGUCAAGGAAUUGCGGGCUCAGUUGGACAAGCUUCUUGAAAGAAAAAUCGCUCAACCAGGUCUGAGGCUUGUAGUUGACUCUUCGCAAGAUCAUCGAGCUACAGAAUUACUUCACGCAAUUAUUGACCUUAUAACCACUGAGGACUCCAAAAACUGGAAGCGAUUACGUGCUAUUGAAGAGUAUACAACAAAAUCAAAUAAUAAACAAAAAUAUUUUCAUUGAAAUAUCAUGUUAUAUACACCCUUUUAAUAAGUCCAGAGGUAUUGUUUUCUCCGCACUUGACGUCAAAUUUAUUCUUUUGACAUUUUUGCAAUACAAAAGAAUACAUUUGACGUCAAGUGCGGAGAACGUAGUACCUCGGGACUUAUUAAAAGGGUGUAUACAUUAUUUAAAUGUACAGAUUAUCAGAUAGAUUGUUUCUGUUUAUGAAGUUGUUUGAUGGAAAAUCCGACUGCUUACAUAAGUGAAUGUGUCCAUGUAUUAUGGAGAUUUGACAUGAUUUGCCAUUAAACUGCAUAGAUAUGUUUGAAUAACCACACUGUUAAAAAAGGUUGAUUUAUUUGCAAUCUUACUUAGCACGAAAAGAGCGGAAAUCACCAAUAAUCAACGUGAUACUUAAUAAUGAUAUAUGCUACCGUCCAGAACUGUUUGCAAAUGACUGAAGCUGUUUAAAAACUGUUAUUACAAAACUUGUUGAAAUUAAAAAAAGAACAUUUUGCAUA